AUGAAUCAAUUCAAAGAUGACAUAGAUCUUCUCUUGAUAGGGAAAACAGGAAAUGGCAAAAGUGCCUUGGGGAACAGCAUUUUAGGAAGGAGAUGUUUCACGACUGAAAGCAGUAUGGUUUCAGUUACCAAGAACAUACAGCGAGGCGUAGGCAAAUUCAAUGGCAGAACGAUAAGGGUCUUUGAUUCACCGGGUCUCACCGACACAGACUUGCAAAUGGACAAGGCGACCGACAUGGUUACACAGGCCAUGAAGACAGCAAUUAGAGUGAAUCCCAUUGGGUUUCACGCAUUUUUGCUUGUGACAAGAUUUGGUGGAAGGUUCACAGCCGAGGACCAAGGCGUUAUAAUAGCUUUGAAGAAAAUAUUCGGGGAGAAAUUCGUGAAGAAUUACUGUAUUCUAGUUUUAACCUGUGGGGAUUUCUUUAGCCCCGAAGACGGUGUGUCGACUUUUGAGGAGUGGUGUGCAAAGCAGACUGGAGUCUUUCAGCAACUCGUCGAUGAAUGUUGCAACAGAAUAAUUUUAUUUGACAAUCGGACGAAAGAUGAAGUUCUACGGAUGAAACAGCUGGCCGAGCUCAUCAAAAUGGUGGACGAUCUCCGCUGGCUUGAAUUGCGAUACACGGAUAAAAACUUCGAGCAGGCGUCAGAGGCGCGCAAAAAGCUGUCUCUGGAAAACAACAAGUCGUUCAUUCAGCAGGAAUGGAUGACAGAAAUCAGUUUGAUACUUCAGAAGCUUGAGAUGGUCAAGAAAAAGAAGCCUGAAGAGAGUUUAUAUCCUUUGACAGAGCUGCAAAAACGAAUUCAGAUCGUCUACGAUAAGAUAGUGUCUCAGGAUGAAGGAACAGGGGUCCUGUGUGAUUUACAAAAAACAGUGCAGACAAUUACAAAGGCGAUUGACGAUGAUAUU